GUUAAUUUUAUGAUUCGAUUUGGAAAAACAUCCUAAUAAACAGCUAAGAAUCCUAAAAAACCAGAUAACCUAGAAAUAUUAACACUCAUAGAUAAUUGCACACGUAUGUACACUUUUUCUAUAAUAAAUAGUUAUUUUUAAAGAUGAUCGAAUAAUAUUAAGAAAUAUGGUAAAAGAUGGAAAUCAAGAUGUAAUUUAAAUACUUAAUCAUUAUAAAAAAAUUAAUAAUCCCAAAGAAAUGUCAACAGAACUACGUAAAUAUUUACGCAAAAAAGGAGAAAAAGAAAAUGAAAAAGCUCCAUAAUGUUAAUCUCCAUCAUCAAAUAAAAAUUAAAAAAUAUUUUAACAACCACCUUAAUAAUUUCAAAAUAGUCAAAAAAAAUCAUGUCCUGAUUUAUGGAAAUCUAUAGAUACUUCAUCACCUAAAAUAAUCAAUCUAGCUAAAACUAAAGAAUUAAUAAAUGAUGUUUAACUGUCUGAAAUUAUACUUUCAGAUAGAAAUUAAAAUGAAUCAAAAGAUGUUGAAAAAAUAUAGUUUUAUACCACCAAUUCUCAAUAGUAUAUUUAACAAUAAUAAACUCAAAUAAAUCUUGAUAAAUCUGAAAGGGAUUCAAAAACUAUUUAAUAAACUAGUGCAAUUUAAUAUAGUUAAAAUUAAUAAUUUUUAGAGUAAGAAAUUGAUAUAAAUGAAGAAGAUGAUGAUGAUAUAUAAUCAGAAUCUUCAAAUGAAAGUAUUCUUAAAUAAAUGACAGAACCUCCAUAAUAAUAAUAAUAAUUAUAAGAAUAAACUUUAAAAAAUGACAUUAAGCCAACAUAACUAUUUUCAAGUAGAAAUUCUAGUUAUCUAUAAAUUAAUACAGCUCAUUCAUAUCUAUAACCUACAAUUACCUAACAAUAGGAUUAAUAAUAAAAUAUUUACAUAAAUUUAGAAUAAAUUCCCAAAGAGAAAAAUUUAGUUAAUGAUACUCAAAAACAUUAUAGUUUUUUUAAUUACUAAGAUUGUUAAUUAUUAGCAUAACCACAAUAUAAACAUAUAUUCACUAAUUGGCCUACACUUUUACAUAAAUUGGAUAAACCUGAAUAUGUACCAAAUUAUAAAUCAGUACUUUAUAUAGACACAACACCAGAAUAUUUAUUCACUUUACUAUUUCCUGAUUCAGCUUACAUUAGAAUAAAUUAUUUCUAAUUUUAGAAUUAGUUUAAGUAAAUCCCUAUCUAAAUUGACAUUGAUGAAUUAUUUAAAGUACUUGAUAAAGAUGGAGAUGAUUGGAUUAAUUACAGAGAAACAGGUGCUAUAUUUGAGGGAAUGUGUUUAUAAUAGGAAUAACCUAAGAAUUACAUAAAAGAAAUAUUUGAAUCUUUAAAAAAUAGUUAAUGUACUACAAAUGGAAUUACAUUAAUGGAUCUUUAAUAAUUGGAAAUAAAACAUGAAUUUUAGUUUGCUCGACAGUAAUAUAUUAAUUUAUUUUAGAUUAAUGUAAGAGAUGGAUGUUUAUUAAAAUGGACAUUUAACAUAUUGGGAUUUAUAUAUGCAUAGAAAUAUAUAUUUGAUGUAAAGAUUAUGUGAAAUAAUAAAGGAAAGUAAGGAAUAAUAAAAUAUUGAACAAUAAUGA